ACUUAUCUAUGCUUCCUGUGCAUGGUGAAGGCACUAGAGCUGGUAUGAGAGCGUCAGUACAGACGGUAACAGACUUGAACUACCUAACAUUCACUUCUUGUGAUAUCGGACAAUUAAAUGCAGGUUUUAUGAGUGCUGUGCCCAUGUCUUCGUGCUGUAAUGGAUUUUGACUAUGAAAAGAUUAAAGAUAAUGAAGGCAAGAAGUACAAUAUGCAAUUCCUUCCAGUACCCAGGGAAAGACGGAAUCCAAACUUACUAUGCACGUCAUCUCCGCCUCCUAUAAGGGCUCCACCUGUAAGGCCCAGGACCGAACUUUCCCAGCACCAGUUGCCAGGCUCAGGCCUUGAGCUGCAGUCUUCCAACAGGAAGGAUGUGGACAAGCAGACUUCAACGUCUGUACCCCCGAACUGUUUUCGGAACCUGAAGCCCCAACCUCCUUCAAUGCAUCACCUCACUCUUCAGUGGUUUCAGUUGACUCAAGCUCCGCUGAUCCGUGAAAGGGAUGGGAAACUGCCAGUCUGGUUCUAUGGCUUCACCACACGCAGAGAAGCUGAAGAUCUACUGCAAGACCAGCCUAUAGGAUGCUUCUUGCUUCGUUUCAGUGAAUCGAAAAUUGGUUUUGUCCUGUCUUACAAGGGAAACGAUCGAUGUCGACACUUCAUCAUUGACCAUUUGAAAGAAGGCGGGUAUUUGAUCAUCGGAGAGCAGAGUACUCACCCAAGCCUCGAGUCUCUCAUACGGCACUACCAAAACAACCCCGUUGGCCCUUUCAGCGAGUACCUCACCACUGCUUUUACAAAGAGUCUAGAGUCACAAAACAAAUCCUGUACUUUGCGAACAACACAGGUAAGGCGACUCAGUGAAGGAGACUGCAGGACACAAAAUGGGACACAACAAGCAGAAAGCGGUGACAUGCUUCUGACUGAGUCACAGGAGAGCACUUCAGAGUCAUCCUCUUUCUCCUCAACACCAACUGCUGCUGGCAACCAAAAGCAAGGUGACCCUGAGUAUGCAGUGGUAAAGAAGGUAUUAAGAAAAACCAAAUCUCUCAACCUGCCAGAUAUUAGAAUCCAGGCACCAGCUGUGGACAUGGAUAGUUUCAUCAACAGUCAUGAAGACAGCCAGAGCAGGGAGGUGGAGUUACCUGGCUUUAUACCUCUACCUCCCAAUCAACCACUUCUCAGCAAUGGCCUUGCUGAUUCAGCUUUAACUCCCGCUACUCUUAAUCCACCAUCAGCAACCACAAAUGCAAGUGAUGUAUCCAGUGGUUACGCUCGUGUCAACAAGAAGAGGCCUGCAGCUGCACAAGCCGAACCCAGUAGCUCAGUGGAAGAGAAAUACUCUGAACUGAUGGCCCUCCACACAUAUGAGGACCCCUUUCUUCUCACAGGACGCCAUGACAUCCCACGACAGAUUUACUCAGAGCCAGAUGACCCCAUAGAGUUUUAUGCUGUAGGAAGAAAUUUGAGACCAGACACAUCAGUUGCCUUGCAGAAUCAUAACAUUUAUUCUGAAGUACACAGGAUGCAGAUUGGAAAUCCACCUGUAGACCCCUUACAGAAUGAUAUCAUUGGAGAUGUACAACAUACUAGUAGAGUGGAGAAUCUGUCUUCAUCAUCUUCAUCAUCAACUUUACUGUCAGCUCCUAAUCCGUCAGUGCGACCCCAAGAGAGCUCAUCAGCUCAUGGACUAAUGCCACAGCUUCCACCACGGGGUAUUCAGACAGAGAUGAAUCUUCAUUUUCGACCGCUACUCCCUCAUCCUUGGCGUACUGAAGCAAGGCCUCAGCAGACAGAAGAUUCUAUAUAUGAACAAAUCAGAGACAGACCGCCCAGACCUCCGCUACCACCUCUUAAUAAGAGGCCUUGACCAGUCUCGGCCCUGCUGGACAACAUCACAUCCACUGGAAAUCAAUGACUUUGUGUGCAUCACUUUCAUAGAUGGCAGUUUAAAAAGGAAGAAGCACUUUUAAUUCAUCAGAAUCUGUUAUGCAUUGCUAAGUGUGAGAAAUGAUUAUUAAGUGUUGUUGAUAACUGCAAACUGCUGUGUGUG